GGAUUCUCUUAUCAGAAGGAAAGAACUAACUCUCGUGGUUGUCCUCUGGCCCUCAAAUGAGCACCUGGCAUGCCCCCCCGCAAGAAAAAUGUAAUUUAAAGUGUUUAAAAAUGUUUGAGCAUGCAAAAGAUAUUUGAGUCACUGACAAUGGGUACCAUCAAGGGUGCUGAAGAAUUUUUGAUACAGGACAGAUGAAUAAAACAGAACAUUUUAAAUGAAAGCAGAUGGUAAAGACUCAGAUCAGCAUUGCCAGCGUGUAAUAGUUCAGAUCUCCUAAUCUCAGAUUUGAAAGGAAAUUUGGAAGUUAUUAAUACCCCUUCUGUUCAAUUCAGCAAUGAAUUAUUUUUUAGAAAAUCAUGUGCCUUGCUUAGGGAGGUGGGGCAAGGAUAUUAAUUAAUGCAUCCGUUGUUCUAAGAUGUUCAAGUAGGGCUACAUAAGCAAUGGCUGUGUAGCAUAACGAAUUUUAAAGAGUGGUGCCAUGUCAAUUUGGAGGUUAUCUGCCCGAGUCAUACCUUAUAGACUUGUUGUGAUGAUUCUUUCUUUCUCUACCUACUGAUUUUCAGUCGUGUGACUGUCUACAAGUUUUGCUUUUAAAAGUACAGAAAGCUCUAUGAAGUGUAUCCUGAGGCAGGUUAUCUCAGGCGUCCCUCAAAUUGGAUCAUGCAAGCACUCCCGGACAGGGCAAACGGCGCAGCUGCGCGUGCGCACGUAGUCGUGAAGAGAUGGAUGGUGCCCGCCAGGGGGCGCCGCUCAGUCUCCGCGGCUGUUCCUCCGGUCCGGGGAGGACUGCCUUGCAAACGUCGGGAACCACGCAGGCUCUGCGCGCAUGCGCGGUCUGUCCAUGCCCGCCACCAUGGCGCCUGUCGUGGAGCACGUUGUGGCUGACGCCGGCGCUUUCCUGCGGGACGCGCCACUGCAGGACAUCGGAAAAAACAUCUACACUCUCCGGGAGGUGGUCCGAGAGAUCCGGGACAGGGCCACGCGCAGGCGGCUGGCAGUGCUGCCCUACGAGCUGCGGUUCAAGGAGCCCUUCCCGGAGUACGUGCGCCUGGUGACUGAGUUUUCCAAGAAAACUGGAGACUAUCCCAGCCUCUCUGCCACAGACAUCCAAGUGCUGGCUCUGACUUACCAAUUAGAAGCAGAAUUCGUUGGGGUGUCUCAUCUAAAACAAGAACCAGAAAAGGUUAAAGUGAGCUCUUCGAUUCAGCACCCUGAAACUCCUCUUCACAUUUCUGGUUUCCAUUUGCCCUCCAAGCCUAAACCCUCACAUGAAACAGUGGAUCGUGGCCGCCCAGCUGAUGGGCCUGAGAACCUGGAAUUCAGCUCCUUCAUGUUUUGGAGAAACCCUCUGCCUAACAUUGAUCAUGAACUGCAGGAGCUGCUGAUUGACAGAAGGGAAGAGGAGGAAGAGGAGGAGGAGGAGGAGGAGGAAUUUGAAGACAGUGAUGAUGAUGGGGGUGGGUGGAUAACCCCCAGCAACAUCAAGCAGAUCCAGCAGGAGUUGGAGCAGUGUGACAUCCCAAAGGAUGUACGGGUUGGCUGUGUGACCACAGACUUCGCCAUGCAGAAUGUUCUGCUUCAGAUGGGGCUGCACGUGCUGGCAGUGAACGGCAUGCUGAUCCGAGAGGCCCGGAGCUACAUCUUGCGCUGUCAUGGCUGCUUCAAGACGACGUCAGACAUGAACCGAGUGUUCUGUGGGCAUUGUGGGAACAAGACCCUGAAGAAAGUGUCUGUGACUGUCAAUGACGAUGGUACCUUACACAUGCAUUUCUCCCAAAACCCCAAGGUGCUGAACCCUCGAGGCCUCCGGUACUCGCUGCCCACGCCCAAAGGAGGCAAAUAUGCCAUCAACCCCCACCUGACCGAGGAUCAGCGCUUCCCCCAGCUACGACUCUCCCACAAGGCCAGGCAGAAGACCAACGUGUUUGACCCUGGCUACAUAGCUGGGGUGUCUCCCUUCGUGGAGAAUGACAUCUCCAGCCGCUCAGCCACCCUGCAGGUCCGGGACAGCACCUUGGGAGCUGGGCGGAGACGCUUAAAUCCCAAUGCUUCCAGAAAGAAGUUUGUAAAGAAAAGGUGACAUUGCAAUCCACGUAGGCAAAGCAGAUUGCAGCUGGCUGCUGAGGAGGCCUGGAGUAUCGACCCCAGUGUGUGGGCUGCAAACCAUCUACACAGAAGCAGUAGUCCUGGCUUCUCCGGACCACCUCAGACUUUGUGCUGUGUGGGGUUACAGCGCAACAUGGCUGCCCUGCCUGUGAGCAUCCAGAGCCAAGACUCAGCGAUGGGAAGGGGAGCUUGAAGCAGAAAGAAGGGUGCCCUGGAGCAAACAUUGAACCUUAAGUUCAAAGGUAGAAAUAUCAAAUGGUAACCUUUUUCUAAUAAACCUGAUUGCUAGCCCA